ACAGGGCGGGGGUCAGUCUGCCCUGGUAGGAGCGGCCAGAUAGAGUACCCCUCUGUCCAAAUGGGGAAACUGAGGUCCGGGGUGGGGCGCGGCCCAUGGCAGCCUUCUUCCUCUCGGACCCCUACCCCUCCAGGGUCCUGCCUCUCUACCCCCAUUCCCCCAUUGCUUGUCCAGCCCGACUCUGCUCUAAAAACGCCCCUCCCCCAGAGCAGCCGAAGCCCCGCCCCGUUUCGCUACAGAGCCGCCGCGAGGCCCCGCCCUACGCGGGGUCAUGCAAAUGAGGCCCCGAGGCCCCGCCCCGGAUUUUGCUAAAGAGCCGCCGCGAGGCCCCGCCCUACGGGGGUCAUGCAAAUGAGGCGCCUGAGGCCCCGCCCCUCCCGCCGCCGAGUCUGCGCGGUGCCGCCGGCCCGGACCCACCGCUUCGCCCAUCUCUGCGGCCGCCUGUCUGUCGGUCCCGCCGCGCCGGGGCCGCCCGGGCGGAGCGAGGGCUCAGGAGGCGGCGGCCUGGACCCGAGAGAGCCCCGCGGAUGGGGCACUGGACCCAGAGUGCCGACCCUCGCCAGCCGGGGCCUCAGUUUCCUCGUCUGCGCCAUGGGGGUGCCCGCCCCGCUGGCCGCCAGGGGCGGGUGUGAGCCCGCGGGCGUGGUGGUGGCCUGUGGGGGGCCCUAGGGCGCGUUUGCUGGUGAGGCCCCGCCCCGGCGGCCCCACCACCUCCCCACCUCCUCAGGCCUGGCCUUCACCAUGGCGGGAGGGAGACCGCAGCUAAAGAGGAGUUUUUCCAUCAUUCCCUGCUUUGUCUUCGUGGAGUCCGUGCUGCUGGGCAUCGUCGUUCUGCUCGCCUACCGGCUGGAGUUCACGGACACCUUCCCCGUGCACACCCAGGGGUUCUUCUGCUAUGAUAGUACCUACGCCAAGCCGUACCCGGGACCGGAGGCCGCCAGCCGGGCGCCCCCCGCCCUCAUCUACAGCCUGGUCACUGCUGGGCCCACCCUCACGAUCCUGCUGGGGGAGCUGGCACGUGCCUUUUUCCCCGCACCACCCUCGGCCGUCCCCAUCGUCGGGGAGCGCACCAUCGUGUCCGGGGCCUGCUGCCGCUUCAGCCCCCCGCUGCGGAGGCUGGUGCGCUUCCUGGGGGUCUACGCCUUCGGCCUCUUCACCACGACCAUCUUCGCCAACGCGGGGCAGGUGGUGACUGGCAACCCCACGCCGCAUUUCCUGUCGGUCUGUCGCCCCAACUACACGGCCCUGGGCUGCCCCCCACCCUCGCUGGACCGCCCAGGGCCCGACCGCUUUGUCACCGACCGGGGCGCCUGCGCCGGGAGCCCCAGCCUGGUGGCCGCCGCCCGCCGCGCCUUCCCCUGCAAGGACGCGGCCCUGUGCGCCUACGCGGUGGUCUACACGGCGAUGUACGUGACCCUCGUGUUCCGCGUGAAGGGCUCCCGCCUGGUCAAGCCCUCGCUCUGCCUGGCGCUGCUGUGCCCCGCCUUCCUGGUGGGCGUGGUGCGGGUGGCCGAGUACCGCAACCACUGGUCCGACGUGCUGGCCGGCUUCCUGACCGGGGCGGCCAUCGCCACCUUCCUGGUCACCUGCGUGGUGCACAACUUCCAGAGUCGGCCGCCCUCUGGCCGAAGGCUCUCCCCCUGGGAGGACCUGGGCCAAGCCCCCACCAUGGACAACCCCCUCGAAAAGUUAAGUGUGGCCCAGGAACCCGAGACCUGCAGGCCGCAUUCGACACCGGCACGGCUCACCCCAUCCAAGCCGCAGAACUGUGCCCGCCGUGGCCACCUGAUCCCCAGCUGCGUGUCCUCCAGGGCCCCGGCCAUGUGUUCGUCGCCCCGCGUGCCCCGUCCUCGAUUGAGGUCUGAGCCGACGCCCCUGCCGCUGCCCCUGCCCCUGCCUGCACCGACCCCCAGCCAGGGCCCCUCGCCCUCCUCUCCCGGGACUGGGGGCCCAGGCGGGGGUGGCGGUCGGGGCCGGAAGCUGCUGCUGCCCACGCCCCUCCUGCGGGACCUGUACACCCUCAGUGGACUCUAUCCCUCCCCCUUCCACCGGGACAACUUCAGCCCUUACCUGUUUGCCAGUCGCGACCACCUGCUGUGAGGCCCUACCACCUUACCCCCAGAAUCUGCCCGGUCCCUAGUUCUUCCCCUCCACGCGUGUGUGUGCGUGUGCCAUGUGAGUGCCAAAGCCCCCUAGCCCCAAACCGGCCAGGCCCAUGAUGCGGGAUGGCUGGAAAGACACUUGGGGGACCCCCUGCCUGCCCUGCUCUCUGCGAAGUAAUACUGGGCAAAACUGGGAGGUGGGCCCUUGUCCCUAGGAUUGCCCUUUUAAGGGCCAAAGCCUGUCCCCGUCGGUCAUUGCCCGGCCAAUGGGAGCCCCCAAUUCUUAGAAUUCUAAACAAAGGGAGUUUCCUCCAGCCAAUGGGAGCCUCCCCUCAUUUCUUGGACUCCUCAGGCAAAAGGGCAGGUCCAGCCAGUGUUCAGUGUCUGAACAGCCAAUAGGAGCCCUUGGUUUUCAGAGUUUCUAGGGUGGGUGGGUAUGAUUCCAGUAAUGGGGGACCACCCUUGAAGCAUGUGCAAAGGGGAGGAGGGAAAGGGGGUGCUCCUUUGGCAUCAGGUCCUCUCUCCUCAGCAGGAGGGUGGGGCAGGCUCCCCCAGGGCAGGGUCCUUGGGGCACCCCAUCUCCUCUCAGCCUCUCCCCCAUGUGCAACCUCUUGCCCACUCCCUCCUAACUCCCUGUUUAUGCAGGGCUUACCCCAGUUCAGAGGUUUUGGGGUUCAGGGUGCUGUGUCACUCCUUGUCUGUGCCCAGGUCACCACAAACCCUUCAGUUAUUUAUUAGGUGUGUGGGAAUGGAUUUUUUUUUUCUUGGAACACACCCCUGUUCUGCACACUGACCCCCAGGCCCCAGCCUCAUGUAGAUGUGCCAUACUGGAGGGCAUAGGCCAAGCAGAGAGGGCUCUCCCACCCCGGGCAGCUAAAGGCAGUGGGCAGAGGAGACCUGCCCCCCCCCUUUCCUGCCCCCUCUUCAUCUUUAAUAAAGACCUGGCUUCUCAUCUUUAAUAAAGACCAGUUUGUAACACAA